AUGGCCCAGAUGGUGGUGACGGGGGGUGUUGCUAGCCCCUCCCCUCCUUGGGUAGCCCCCCAAGCUGGGGUGCAGGAUGUCAGGUAUUCAUUGAGCGAGCGGCGCAGGCUCCCUGCCGACUCUGGCAGCGUCUCCGCACUGCUCACACCCAGGGCGGUUCACACCUCUCCGAGCGAGCGGCGCAGGCUCCCUGCCGACUCUGGCAGCGUCUCCGCGCCGCUCACACCCAGGGCGGUUCACACCUCUCCGAGCGAGCGGCGCAGGCUCCCUGCCGACUCUGGCAGCGUCUCCGCGCCGCUCACACCCAGGGCGGUUCACACCUCUCCGAGCGACCGGCGCAGGCUCCCUGCCGACUCUGGCAGCGUCUCCGCGCCGCUCACGCCCAGGGCGGUUCACACCUCUCCGAGCGACCGGCGCAGGCUCCCUGCCGACUCUGGCAGCGUCUCCGCGCCGCUCACGCCCAGGGCGGUUCACACCUCUCCGAGCGAGCGGCGCAGGCUCCCUGCCGACUCUGGCAGCGUCUCCGCGCCGCUCACACCCAGGGCGGUUCACACCUCUCCGAGCGACCGGCGCAGGCUCCCUGCCGACUCGGGCAGCGUCUCCGCGCCGCUCUCACCCAGGGCGGUUCACACCUCUCCGAGCGAGCGGCGCAGGCUCCCUGCCGACUCUGGCAGCGUCUCCGCGCCGCUCACACCCAGGGCGGUUCACACCUCUCCGAGCGAGCGGCGCAGGCUCCCUGCCGACUCUGGCAGCGUCUCCGCACUGCUCACACCCAGGGCGGUUCACACCUCUCCGAGCGAGCGGCGCAGGCUCCCUGCCGACUCUGGCAGCGUCUCCGCACUGCUCACACCCAGGGCGGUUCACACCUCUCCGAGCGAGCGGCGCAGGCUCCCUGCCGACUCGGGCAGCGUCUCCGCACCGCUCACACCCAGGGCGGUUCACACCUCUCCGAGCGAGCGGCGCAGGCUCCCUGCCGACUCUGGCAGCGUCUCCGCACUGCUCACACCCAGGGCGGUUCACACCUCUCCGAGCGAGCGGCGCAGGCUCCCUGCCGACUCGGGCAGCGUCUCCACUCGGCUUCAGGCCGGGGCCCCAGGACCCGACAUUGCUGGAGCUCGCUUUAUGGCCCAGCUCGUUAUCAGCUUCGGGGUUAGGAGGGCCCAGUUCUGUACCCUAUUCCCAUGUGUUUUGUGCAGGGUGGAUUCAUCCCGCAGCCUGAGCGACCCUCCAGCUGGAGUCGGCGAGCUGACACAGUGCGACUUCGACGACAACCAACACCCCUUCUGCCGCUGGACCCGGCCCCAUGCCGGAGACUGGAUCAGAACCCAGGGCCUGGCGCCAGGGGAGAGCCCCGGGCCCCCGGGAGGGACCCCCGAGAGAGCGGGGUUUUACGUCACCCCGGCGGCCCAGGCCCCGGGGGCGGUGGAGCUGCACAGUCCGGAGCUGGCGGGGGCCGCGGCUGUCUGCCUGGAGUUCCUCUACUACAUGUACGGGGAGGUGGCGGGGUCCUGGCUCGCGGUGCUGCCCCGGGGCCCCGCCGGCUACGGCGCCCCCCAGUGGAACCGGACGGGACUGCAGAGCUCGGCCUGGCUGAGGGGGGCCGUCACCCUGAGCGCCCCCCCCGAGCACCCCUUUAAGGUCGUUUUCCGAGCCGCCCGCACCCCAAACUUCGACUUGGCCCUGGACUCCGUCUCCAUCCACCUGGGGCCCUGCUCCCCUUGUGUGGCCGGCUGUGAUUUCGACUUGCUCGAUGACCCGUGUGGCUGGCAGAACCCGCCGGGGACGGGCAGCGCCCGCUGGGGGCAGUGGGUCGGGGCCGGGGACAAACCAGGGGUCGGCCCCCAGGACGAUUUCUCGAAGCCUGGAAGGGCGACAGGAGCUGAUCUGGGGACCCCACUUGUGAGCCUCCAGGGGGACCAGGGAGCAGACUGGCAGAGGAGUGUGGUGAAUUAUACCGGGACCAGCGAGAUUCAGUUUGUUUUCCAGGGCAGCUAUGCCGAGAAGCCAGAGCCGGGGCUGGCGGUGGACAGCGUGUGGGUGUGGCCUUGCGAAGAGACUUUCACCCAGUGCGACUUCAACAACGCCAGCAACCCCCUGUGCAGCUGGGCCCAGCCCGACAACGACAUCGGCAGCUGGAUCCGCACCAACCAGUCCACGCCCACCGAGGAGACCGGGCCGCCGGGGGACUAUCCCCACGGGGAGGGCUAUUACAUCUACGCCGAGGCAGGGAGCCUACAGCCAGGCCAGUCCGUGAGCCUGGAGUCCCGGGAUUUCUGCACCGUGGACGCCGUCUGCGUGGAGUUUUACUACUACAUGGCCGGCAUUGUGCAGACCGGAACCCAGCUCCGGGUGCUGGCCCGGGGGCCCUCCGGCCCUGCCCUCCCCCUCUGGAACCGCACCGGCCUCCAGAGCCCAGCCUGGCUGCUGGGCUCUGCCACCGUGCCCGCCGGCCGCCUGCAGCCCACCCGGAUCGUCUUUGAAGUGGUGCGGGGCAACCUGCCCUACCUCGACGUGGCCUUGGACAAUGUGUCGGUGAGGAGGGGGCCCUGCCCAGGAGCCCCAGUUACCCCAACCGUGCCGGGCUCCUCUCCAGCAGGGACUGCCAGCCCAAAUGGCACCAUGGCAACUGCUACCGUAGCAACCGGUACCACCCCCACUGGCACCACGGCAACCACCACUAUAGCAACCGGCUCCGCCCCCACUGGGACCACGGCAACCACCACUGUAGCAACCGGCUCCGCCCUCACUGGCACCACGGCAACCACCACCAUAGCAACCAGCUCCGCCCCCAUUAGCACCACGGCAACCACCUCCGUAACAACCAAUACAACCCCCACUGGCACCACGGCAACCACCACCAUAGCAACCAGCUCCGCCCCCAUUAGCACCACGGCAACCACCUCCGUAACAACCAAUACAACCCCCACUGGCACCACGGCAACCACCACCGUAGCAACUGGCACCUCCACCACUGGGACCACGGAAACCACCACCAUAGGAACCGGCUCCGCUCCCACUGGCACCACGACAACCACCACCAUAGCAACCAGCUCCGCCCCCAUUAGCACCACAGCAACCACCACCAUAACAACCAAUACAACCCCCACUGGCAUCACGGCAAGCACCACCGUAGCAACUGGCACCUCCACCACUGGGACCACGGCAACCACCACCGUAGCAACCGGUACAAUCCACACUGGCACCACGGCUACCACCACCAUUGCAACUGGCUCCGCCCCCACUGGCACCGCAGCAACCACCACCAUAGCAACCGGCAACCCCCCCACUGAGACCAAGGCAACCACCACCGUAGCAACCGGUACCACCCACACUGGCACCAUGGCAACCACCACCAUUGCAAAUGGCUCCGCCCCCACUGGCACCACGGCUACUGCCACCGUUGCAACUGGCUCCGCCCCCACUGGCACCACGGCAACCACCACCAUAGCAACUGGCAACCCCUCCACUGGGACCAAGGCAACCACCUCCGUAGCAACCGGUACCACCCACACUGGCACCACGGCAACCACCACCAUUGCAAAUGGCUCUGCCCCCACUGGCACCACGGCAACCACCACCGUAGCAACCGGCAACCCUCCCACUGGUACCAUGGCAACCACCACCGUAGCAACCGGUGCCACCCACACUGGCACCACGGCAACCACCACUGUAGCAACCGGCAACCCCCCCACUGGCACCACGGCAACCACCACUGUAGCAACCGGCUCCGCCCUCACUGGCACCACCGUAACCACCACCGUAGCAACCGGUACCACCACCACUGGCACCAUGGCAACCGUCACCAUAGCAACUGGUACCACCGCCACUGGCACCACGGCAACCACCACAGGAGCAACCAGCUCCACCCCCACUGGCACCAUGGCAACCACCACAGUAGCAACCAGCUCAGCCCCCACUGGGACCAAGGCAACCACCACCAUAGCAACUGGCACCACUUCCACUGGCACCAUGGCAACUGCUGCCGUAGCAACCAGCACUGCCCCCACUGGGACCAUGGCAACCACCACUGUAGAAACCGGCACCAUCCCCACUGGGACCAUGGCAACCAGCCCCAUAGUAACGGGCUCUGUCCCCACUUCUGAGUCUGCAGCCCCAUCUGUGACCCCAUCCACUCUGCCAGGCACCUCUGUCCCGUGCCCCCCGAACGCCCACUACGAGGCCUGUGGCCCGGCCUGCCCCCCCCGUUGCGACGACCCCCAGCCCAGCUGUGACCUGCCCUGCCGGCCGGGCUGCCAGUGUGAUGCGGGGCACCUGCUGAGCGGGGGGCACUGUGCCCCCCGCGAGGACUGCGGCUGCUUCUACAACCACACCUACUACCAGCCCGGUGAGGUGAUCUACGCCGAGGGCUGCCGGGAGAUCUGCCAGUGUCUCUCUAACAACAAGACCCGCUGCUCUGAUCCCAGCUGCCGACCCGACCAGUAUUGCGCCAGCCAUGGGGAUGGGGUGCAGGGGUGCUUCCCCAUAGACUCCGCGACCUGCGUGGCCACGGGGGACCCCCACUACACCACCUUCGACAAGAGGAAGUUCGAUUUCCAGGGCACCUGCACCUACGUCCUGGCCCGGCCCUGCAACGCCAGCUUGGCCCCGGCCCCCUUCGCCGUCCACGCCGCCAACGAGCACCGGCACGGGCAGGGUGCCGUGGCCUACAUCCGGGCCGUGUUCGUGGAGCUGCCAGGGGCCACCGUCGCCCUGCUCAAGAACCGCGUGGUGCAGGUGAACGGCUCCCAGGUGACCCUCCCCGCCCUCCCCGUCCCCGGCGUGUCUGUCCGUCUGUCCGGGACGUUCGCCGAGGUCCGGGCGGAUUUCGGGCUGGUUGUCCGGUACGACGGGACCCACUUUGCCGAGGUCCGGGUCAACCAGCAGUAUCGGGGUGCCCUGUGCGGUCUCUGUGGCGACUACAACGGGGACCCCAGAGACGACUUCCGGACCCCGGCGGGGGGCGUGGCCAGCUCAGCCGGAGACUUCGGGGACAGCUGGGGCAUCGGCAACUGCACCCCGGCCAGCCCCCCUGUCCCCCUCCAGUGCCCCGCAGACGCGCAGCUGGAGUAUGAGGGGCCCAGGGCCUGUGGGAUCCUGCUGGCCCCUGACGGACCCUUUGCCCCCUGCCAUGGCCAGCUCAGCCCCAUGACCUUCUUCCGGGACUGUGUGUUCGAUCUGUGUGCACUGGGGGGCGACCGGCGCCAGCUCUGCGCUGCCCUCGGCGGCUAUGGGGCCCAGUGCCGGGCCCACAACGUCAGCCUGGGCCCCUGGCGCAACCAAACCCUCUGCCGUGAGCCACGGGGGGGCCGGGAGCGGGGCGGGGGCUUGGCACGGGGCGUCCAUGCGCUGCCCCCCCAACAGCCACUACGACCCCUGCGGGCCCCCCUGCCCCCCCUGCCUGCCCCGAGGCCGGGGCGAUGGGCUGCCAGGAGCCCUGCCUGGAGGGCUGCCAGUGUGACCCCGGCUUCCUGCUCAGCGGGGGGGCCUGUGUCCCCCAGGGGGGCUGUGGCUGCAGCUAUGCCGGGGGGGUACUAUGAGCUGGGCCAGGAGUUCUUCGGGCCGGGCUGUGGGUCACGGUGCCGCUGUGAGGGGGGGAACCGGACCCACUGCCAAGCCUGGCAGUGCCGCCCCACGGAGAUCUGCAGGGUCCGCAACGGACUAUACGGCUGCCACCCCACAGCCAGCGCCCCCUGCCAUGUCUCCGGGGACCCCCACUACCGGACCUUCGACGGCCGCCGGCUCGACUUCAUGGGCCCCUGCACCUACACUCUGGCCCGGCCCUGUGGCAACUACAUGGGGCCCUGGUUCAGCACGAGGGGAGGGAAUGAGGCCCGGGGGCGCCGGGGUGUCUCCUACCUGCGUACGGUCUACGUCAGCCUGCCGGGGGCCAGCCUCACCCUGCUCAAGGGACAGCGCACCCUGAUCAAUGGGACGAGAGUGACCCUGCCGGCCAAGCCCACCCGGGACUCAUCCGUGGCCCACAGCGGCCAGUACGUGGCUGUGGAGACCUCGUUCGGCCUGGCCCUGCACUGGGACGGGAACCACUAUCUGCAGAUCCGGGCCCCCAGCUCCUACUCCGGGCUGCUGUGUGGUCUGUGCGGGAACUACGACGGGGAGCCCGACAACGACAAACCGGAAGCCACGGGCAAGCCGGCCGCAGACGGGGAGGACCUGGGGAACAGCUGGCAAACCCCCGACGACGAGGACCCACAGUGCCGACCCGACGUCUCGGACAAGCCCGUCUGCACCCCGGAUGGUGAACUAACGGCCAGCUGCGAACGGAUCGCGACCCCCCAGGGAGCAUUCAGGGACUGUCACAAACUGGUCUCCCCCACUCCCUAUUUCGAGAACUGCCUCUUCGACAUGUGCCAGUACCAGGGGCUGCGGGAGACCCUCUGCGCCCAGCUCCAGGCCUACACGGCUGCCUGCCAGGCCGCCGGAGCCCCCGUGUACCCCUGGAGGGGCCCCCAGCUGUGCCCUCUGGCGUGCCCGGCGAACAGCUCCUACGCCCUGUGUGCCCAGCCCUGCCCCCCGACCUGCAGCCCGGACUUUGCACCCGUCGAGUGCGCAGCCCAGCGCUGCGUGGAGGGGUGCGAAUGUCUCCCGGGCUUCGUGCUGAGCGGGCAGGAGUGUGUGCCAGCCAGGUGGUGCGGAUGCACAGCGCCCAACGGCGGGUACCACGCGCUCGGCGAGGUCUGGUACAAUGUGGACUGCAGCGAGAAAUGCGCCUGCCAGGGCCAGGAUGACAUCCGGUGCCAGGCGAGCCGGUGCCAGCCCCAGGAGCUGUGCCAGCGGCAGGAGGGAGAGUAUGGCUGUUACCCCACCGGCUGGGGGGUCUGCGUGGCGGCGGGGGACCCUCACUACACCACCUUCGACGGGCGGCUCUUCCACUUCAUGGGCACCUGCAGCUACACCCUGACCCAGACGUGCAAUGCCAGCGCCGGGCUCCCCGGCUUCUCCGUCGAGGCCACCAACGAGCACCGGGGGGCCAGCACCCGGGUCUCCUACGUCCGCGCUGUGGCUGUGGAGGUGUUCGGCCACCGGGUGGCGCUGCUCAAGGGGCGCCGAGUGACGGUGGACGGGCAGCGGGUGACCCUGCCGGUGACCCUGGCCGGGGGCCGGCUCGGGGUGCGGGUGAGCGGUGCCUACGCCCUGCUGCAGACGGACUUCGGGCUGCGGGUUCGGUACGACGGGACCCAGCGGGUCGAGGUGCAGGUGCCUUCGUCCUACGCCGGGCGGCUCUGUGGGCUCUGCGGGAACUACAACGGACAGAGCACCGACGACAACCUCACGCCCAACGGCACCUCGGCCGGCACCGAUGCCGACCACCUGGGGGAGAGCUGGGAGGUGCCGGGUGCCAGCAGCCCCGGCUGCACCAACUCUGGGGACCCGGGUGAAUGUGACUCAGACAUUGACCUGGAAGCUCAGAAGCCAACCAGCUGUGGAUCCCUGACUGACCCCCAGGGCCCCUUUGCCCCCUGCCACGGGUCUGUGCCCCCUGCGGAUUCCUUCAAGAGCUGUCACUACGAUCUGUGCGGCACCGGGGGCGAGACGACAGCCCUCUGCUACGCCCUGCAAUCCUACGCUGACCGCUGCACCCAGGCCGGGGUCCCCAUCGCUUGGAGGAACAGCACCCUGUGCCCCUUGAACUGCCCCCCGGGCAGCACCUACACCCCCUGCGCCAGUCCCUGCCCGUCCAGCUGCACCGACCUGGGGGCACCCAAUAGCUGCCCUGCCCUGCCCUGCGUGGAGGCCUGCACCUGCAACGAGGGAUUCGUCCUCAGCGGGGAGACGUGUGUCCCCCUGAGCCAGUGCGGGUGCAGUGAUGCGGACAGGCAGUACCACCCGGUGGGCGAGAGCUGGAUGGCGAACGAGAACUGCACCGUGCGCUGUACCUGCGCCAGCGCCAACAACGUGAGCUGUGAGCCAUGGAGCUGCAGCCCUGUGCAGGAGUGUCGGCCGGAGGAGGGACUGGUGGGCUGCCAGGACACAGGGGUGGCCUCCUGCCAUGUGGCCGGGGACCCUCACUACUUCACCUUCGACCGGGCCAUGGUGACCUUCCUGGGCACCUGCACCUACACCCUGGUGACCCUGUGCGGCGGGGACGGGCGCCUGGAGCCCUUCAAUGUCACGGGGAAAAAUGAGGAGCGGGGGCGCCCCGAGGCCUCCUACCUGCGCCUGGUGCACGUGGAGAUCGGCGGGGCCCGCUUCACGCUCAUGAAGAACCGACGGGUGCUGGUGGACGGGGAGCGGGUCCGCACCCCAGUGCUGGGCCGGGUUCCCGGCGUCUCCAUCAGCACCAGCGGCGUCUACACGGAGCUGCGGAGCCAGGCCGGGCUGCUGGUCCGGUUCGACGGGAACCAGCACCUGGAGAUCCAGCUCUCCGGCGUCUACUUCGGGCAGGUCUGCGGCAUGUGUGGGAAUUACAACAACCGGAGCCAGGACGACCUGGCCCUGCCCAGCGGGCGCCCGGCCGCCAACGCCACCGACUUCGGCAACAGCUGGCGGGCGCCCGGCGACCCAGACCCGGGCUGCCAGCCGGACAACCGCGAGGACCUGGACCCCCGCUGCAGCCCACAGGAGAAGGAGCGGUUCAGCGCCCUGUGCCGGGAGAUCCUCUUGCCCAAAUACCAGGCCUGCCAUGAGCUCCUGGACCCCCAGCCCUUCAUCCAGAGCUGCCUCUUUGACAUGUGCGAAUACCAGGGCAUGGCCUCCACCCUCUGCGACAUCGUCCAGGCCUACGCCGAAGCCUGCAAGAGCCAGGGCUUGACCGGCCUCUCCUGGAGAAACAGCACCUUCUGCCCCCUGCCGUGCCCCCCACACAGCCACUACACCAAGUGCGCCUCGCCCUGCCCGGCCACGUGCUCCGACCUCUACGCCCCGGCCAGCUGCCCGAGCCCCGUGGCCUGCUUGGAAGGUUGCGCGUGCGACCGUGCCUACGUGCUGAGCGACGAGACCUGCGUCCCCAUGGGGGAGUGCGGUUGCCUGGAUGACCAGCAGGGUUACCAUAGCGCAGGGGACACGUGGCUGAGCACCCACUGCAGCGAACGCUGCGCCUGCCUGGCGAAUGGCAGCGCCCCCUGCCAACCGUUCCAGUGCCCGGCGGGGUCCCACUGCGCCCUCAGCAGCGCUGGGGUCCGCUACUGCAAACCCACCGAAUUCCACCGGUGCACCAUCUCCGGCGACCCCCACUACCGCACCUUCGACCGCUACGUCUACCACUUCCAGGGCCGGGCCACCUACGCCCUGACCACCACCCUGGCCACGCUGCCCGGGUCCCUGCCGCCGCUGAGCGUCUCGGGCCGGAACCGGCGCUGGGUCACCCACCACCGGGUCUCCUUCCUGCGGGAGGUCUACGUCGCGGUGUACGGCUACCGGGUCACCAUGAUGGAGGGCCGCAAAGUGGCGGUUAACGGGCUACGGGUGACCCCCCCGUUCCAGCCCACGGACGGGCUCAGUAUAACACAGAGGGGACGCAGCCUUAUCCUGCAGACAGACUUUGGCCUCUCGGUCUCUUUCGAUGGCCAGGAUCACUCAGAGAUCGUGCUCCCAGCCACCUACCGGACCCACAUUGGGGGGCUGUGCGGGAAUUUCGACGGGCGCCGGAACAACGAAUACACCAAACCGGACGGCAGCCGGACCCGCAGCCCCACUGUGUUUGGGGAAAGCUGGGCCGUCAGUGCCCCUUGGGGCCAGGCGCUUGGCCUGACAGACCCACUCCGGGCCAGGCGAGAGGUGCCCGAGGCCCCCCCAGAGUCGGGGUUCGAGGUUCAGUGCAGCCCGGCUCAGCUGGCAUCGGUGAACGGGACGCGGCUCUGCGGGGCCCUGGCCGACCCCGAGGGACCCUUCCGGGCCUGCCAUGGACAGCUGGACCCCGGCCCCUUCCAGGAGAAUUGCGUCUACGACGUCUGCGCCGUGUACAACAACUCGGAGCUUCUGUGUGACAGUUUCACCGUCUACGCCCAGAGCUGCCAGGGCCUCGGGCUGGUGCUGCCCGGCUGGAGAGAGGCCACGGGGUGUGGUACGGCCGGCGCCCCCCACUCCCGACCCGCAGCCCCCCGAGCGCCCAUCCGGCGCCCGCCACUCCCGACCCGCAGCCCCCCGAGCGCCCAUCCGGCGCCCGCCACUCCCGACCCGCAGCCCCCCGAGCGCCCGGCCGACACCCCCCACUCCCGACCCGCGGCCUCCCGAGCGCCCGGCCGCCCCCCGAGCGCCCAUCCGGCGCCCGCCACUCCCGACCCGCAGCCCCCCGAGCACCCGGCCGGCGCCCCCCGCUCCCGACCCGCAGCCCCCCGAGCGCCCAGCCGGCGCCCCCCGCUCCCGACCCGCAGCCCCCCGAGCGCCUAUCCGGCGCCCGCCACUCCCGACCCGCAGCCCCCCGAGCACCCGGCCGGCGCCCCCCGCUCCCGACCCGCAGCCCCCCGAGCGCCCGGCCGACACCCCCCACUCCCGACCCGCGGCCUCCCGAGCGCCCGGCCGGCACCCCCCACUCCGACCUGCGCCCCCCGCUCCCGACCCCCAGCCCCCCGAGCGCCCAUCCGGCGCCCGCCACUCCCGACCCGCAGCCCCCCGAGCGCCCAUCCGGCGCCCCCCGCUCCCGACCCGCAGCCCCCCGAGCGCCCAUCCGGCGCCCCCCGCUCCCGACCCGCAGCCCCCCGAGCGCCCAUCCGGAGCCCGCCACUCCCGACCCGCAGCCCCCCGAGCGCCCAUCCGGCGCCCGCCACUCCCGACCCGCAGCCCCCCGAGCGCCCAUCCGGCGCCCCCCGCUCCCGACCCGCAGCCCCCGAGCGCCCGGCCGACACCCCCCACUCCCGACCCGCGGCCUCCCGAGCGCCCGGCCGCCCCCCGAGCGCCCAUCCGGCGCCCGCCACUCCCGACCCGCAGCCCCCGAGCGCCCAUCCGGCGCCCGCCACUCCCGACCCGCAGCCCCCGAGCGCCCAUCCGGCGCCCGCCACUCCCGACCCGCAGCCCCCCGAGAGCCCAUACGGCGCCCCCGCUCCCGACCCGCAGCCCCCCGAGCGCCCGGCCGACACCCCCCACUCCCGACCCGCGGCCUCCCGAGCGCCCGGCCGGCACCCCCCACUCCGACCUGCGCCCCCGCUCCCGACCCGCAGCCCCCCGAGCGCCACCGGCGCCCGCCACUCCGACCCGCAGCCCCCCGAGCACCCGGCCGGCGCCCCCGCUCCCGACCCGCAGCCCCCCGAGCGCCCAGCCGGCGCCCCCCGCUCCCGACCCGCAGCCCCCCGAGCGCCCAGCCGGCGCCCGCCACUCCCGACCCGCAGCCCCCCGAGCGCCCAUCCGGCGCCCCCCACUCCCGACCCGCAGCCCCCCGAGCACCCGGCCGGCGCCCCCCGCUCCCGACCCGCAGCCCCCCGAGCGCCCAGCCGGCGCCCCCCGCUCCCGACCCGCAGCCCCCCGAGCGCCCAGCCGACACCCCCCCGCUCCCGACCCGCAGCCCCCCGAGCGCCCAGCCGGCGCCCCCCCACUCCCGACCCGCAGCCCCCCGAGCGCCAUCCGGCGCCCGCCACUCCCGACCCGCAGCCCCCCGAGCACCCGGCCGGCGCCCCCCCGCUACCGACCCGCAGCCCCCCGAGCGCCCGGCCGACACCCCCCGCUCCCGACCCGCCGCCCCCGAGCGCCCGGCCGACACCCCCCACUCCCGACCCGCGGCCUCCCGAGCGCCCGGCCGCUCUGGCCUGCCCGCCCCACACCUCCUACCAGCCCUGCACGACAGCCUGUCCCGCCAGCUGCGCCCGCCUGGCCGCACCGGCGACCUGCGAGGCCCCCUGUGUGGAGGGCUGUGCCAGUGACCCCGGCUACAUCCUCAGCGGCCUUGACAGCGUCCCCUACAGCCAGUGCGGCUGCACCGACCACAGCCAGUACUACCAGAUCAAUGACACGUUCCUGACGGCUGACUGCGCCCAGCGCUGCACCUGCCUGGAGACUGGUGCCCUGCUCUGCGAACCUGCCAGCUGCCUCGAUCCCCUGAUCUGCGCCGUCGCCAACUACACCCGGGGCUGCUAUCGCGCCAGCCCGUGUCUCCGCAGCCCCUGCCAGAACGAGGGCUGGUGCGAGGACACGGCCGGCGGGUUCCAGUGUCACUGUGUCGAGGGCUACACGGGGCAGUUCUGCGAGCGGGUGACGGACGAUGCGGUCCCAGACACCCCGGCCCCGCCAGGUCACCUCACCGCCAUCCUCGUGGGCGUCCUCGUGCCCCUGGGGGUGAUCUUCAUCCUCAUCGCCGGAGUUUGCCUCUUCCGAUGGAGACAGCGGCGGAAGGCUUGGAGAGGACACAGGAGCACCAUCCCAGUGACAGCAACCCUGGGCCAGGGGGACCCUGUGAACCCCGACACUAAGGAUCAAAUCACCCGGUUCUGAGGCCUGCCCCGUCCCACGACGGCUCAGCCCGAUACCCCCGUGACGAGGGGCAGGUGUGGGGCUGGCAGCACCUGACAUCUGCAGCCCCCAUGGUGUGACAAAGCGGGACUUUUCUUAAUGUUUCCUCUGAAUAGUGUGGGGGGGCCUCAGUUUCCCCUGUGCAGUUCUUAAGUAUCUAGGGGGUGGGGUACGGAUGUAUGAUCGUUGCAGAGUCCUAGAGGGCAGGUGUGUGCAGGGGUCUGGACACAGAGAAUGGCCGACAUCCUGUUCCCUGGCCACCGAUGGCCUGGACCCUGCCCCCCUGCAAGGUGAGAGCUAAAGGGGUUGGAGAACAAAGGAAUCUGGUCCCCUCCUGGCCCCGGAAAGGGACAAAGCCCGGGGGGGGCAGG